AUGUCUCCCUCCGGCCGCUUCAAGUUCUACCCUCCGGGCAUCCACGGCCCUUCGGUUACCUUCUUCGAGGAUAGCCAGCAACAGGACAUUGACUGGAAGACUCAAGCAAAACAUUUCGAGCACAUGAUCUCGCAUUUGCAUGGCAUUGUUCUCGCCGGUUCGAGCGGCGAAUCAGCCGCCCUUUCAGUCGCUGAGAAGGGCCAACUGGUCAAAAAGGCUCGCGAAAUUGCCACUGCGCUGGGGAAGCCCGAUUUCCCCAUCACCCUAGGCAUCUUGGCCGGUUCCACCAGAGACAUCCUCGUGCAGAUUGAAGAGGGUUGUAAGAAUGGUGCUGACUUCGCCCUGGUGCUGGUGCCCGCCACCUUCCACUGGUCGAUGACCUCCAAAGCUGUUGUCGAUUUCUUCAAGGAAGCUGGUGACCGCUCGCCACUCCCCAUUAUAAUUUACAACUUCCCCAACCUGUUGUCGGGCAUUGAUGUCGACCCCUUUAUGUUGGAAGAGCUUGGCGCUCACCCCAACAUCUACGCCAUCAAGUUGACCUGUGGUGGUGUUGGAAAGGCCACCAGAGUGGCGGCACAGUUUGAAUCUACCCAAUUCACCUCCGUCUCUGGAAUGAGCGACUGGCUAGUCGCUGCUUUCGCGGCUGGAAGUACCGGUUGUAUUUCCGGUGUUGCAAACAUAUUCCCCAAUGUUUUGGUUGAAAUUUACAAUCUGUACUAUAAUGGCAAGGUUGCAGAAGCCAUCGAGUUGCAGAAAAGACUCGUUCAACCGGAAUUGGGCAUUGCCACCUCAGACGUCAGUGGCAUGAAGUGGAUCACUGCAAAGACGCGUGGUUACCCGGAGAAUAGUGUGCAUUGCCGCCGACCUAUCCCCAGGUUUGAAGAUCAGGAGAAGAAGGACCGUGCAAUGCGGUUAAUUACUCCCCUCCUCUCAACGGAGGACCAGCUCCGGGCUGCGAAUAAGUAA